AUGCGGCUCCUGCUCCUCCUCCCCGCGGCGCUCCUCUUCUUCUUCUAUGCGGGCCGCGCGCUCGGAGGAGCCCGAGAUGGACACGGGCUGUCCGGCGUCGCGCGCUCCACCGCCAGAGACCUGAACGCGAGCUACUCGGAGCCGAGACGCCACGGCCACGCGCACCUGGGGUCAGAGCUGGACGUGGAUUGGCGCUCGAGGAGACACAGCAGGAGGAGAAAGUUGGACACCGUCGGACACAGUCAUGGUCACUACAUGGAGCUGAGGAACGAGAGGCGCAAAAGAGGAACAAAGGAGCACCACAAGAAAGGGUUAAAGAUCUCCAGGCUGGGGCAGAACCGAGGGGUUCCUCUGGCUGCAGAUGCCAGGAACCCAGCUUCUUCAUCUUCACCUUCUUCCACCCUUCUGGAACCCCUGCCCAAGCCCCUGGCCCUCACCUCCACAGACUUCCCCUUCGACCUGACCAGGCACGUCGAGUUUUACACCCAGCAUGUGGACGACCCCUGGGACGCGACCCCCAUGACCCCUCCGUACCCCGAGGACGAGGAGAAGGAGUACUUCCCCAACCCCUUCUACCCCAUCACCAGCGAGACGUACGGCGCCUACGCCAUCACCUGCUUCUCGCUGCUCAUCUUCGUGGUGGGCGUGACGGCCAACGUGGCCAUCAUGUGCGUGGUCUGCCACAACUACUACAUGAGGAGCAUCUCCAACGCCCUCCUGGCCAACCUGGCCGUCUGGGACCUCGCCAUGCUCCUGUUCUGCCUGCCACUGGUCGUGUUCCACGAGCUGACCAAAACCUGGCUCCUGGGCCAGUUCACCUGUAAGGUUGUCCCUUACAUCGAGGUUGCCUCUCUGGGCGUGACCACCUUCACCCUGUGCGCCCUCUGCAUUGACCGUUUCCGCGCUGCCACCAACGUGCAGAUGUACUACGAGAUGAUCGAGAACUGCACGUCCACGGCGGCCAAGCUGGCCGUGAUCUGGAUCGGCGCGCUGCUCCUGGCGCUGCCCGAGCUGCUGAUCCGGCAGCUGGUGGCGGAGAACGGCGGCGGCUCGGAGGAACCGUCCGAGGAGCAGCGCUGCGUGGUGCGCAUCUCCUCCACGCUGCCGGACACGCUCUACGUCCUGGGUCUGACCUACGAGGGCGCGCGUCUGUGGUGGUGCUUCGGCUGCUACUUCUGCCUGCCCACGCUCUUCACCAUCGGCAGCUCGCUGGCCACGGCGCGCCGCAUCCGGCGGGCAGAGAGGGGCUGCGCCCGUGGCAACAAGAAGCAGAUCCGCCUGGAGAGCCAGAUGAACUGCACGGUGGUGGCGCUGGCCAUCGUCUACGGCGCCUGCGUGGUGCCCGAGAACGUGUGCAACAUGGCCUCGGCCUACAUGGCCGCCGGCGUGCCCCCCGCCACCAUGGCCCUGCUGCACCUCAUCAGCCAGCUGCUGCUCUUCCUGCGGGCCGCCGUCACGCCCGUCCUGCUGCUCUGCCUGUGCCGGCCCUUCGGCCGUGCCUUCCUGGAGUGCUGCUGCUGCUGCUGCGGCGGCGGCGAGUCGUGCGGCCUGGCCGGACGCUCCUCGGCCACGGCCAGCGACGACAACGAGCACGAAUGCACCACCGAGCUAGAGCUGUCACCCUUCAGCACCAUCCGCAGGGAGAUGUCCAACUACACGGCCGCGGGGUCGCACUGCUGAGCGCCGGAGGAAGGAGUACUUUGUGCCAACUGCGUGUGCCCGCGUGUUUUCGUGCUAGGGGUGUCAGUCUCUGACCUCACAACCAUUCGCUAGGAUGCUUUACACUGAAAAAUGUAUAUCUUAGCAAGUGAAAACAUCUUAAAUGUAGUAAAUAAAUCUAAUAUUUCUCAUUAUGAGACUGUUGUAAGAAUAUUGUAAGAUUAUUCCACUUGUUUCUAUACAUUUUUACUCGUUUUAAGUAAUUUAUCUAGCAAAAAGGUGUCUUACUCCACUGGCAGAUCAGUUCUUUUCUUAUCAAAAUAAUGCUUAAAACAAGCAAAAUGAUCUGCUGAUGGAAAUAUCAGAUAUAUUAGCUACAUUUAAGACGUUUUCAUUUGCUAAGAUUUUUUGCAUUGGUUCAAAAAUUAUAUUGUGGCAGGUGAAAUCAUCUAAAACCUAAAAUAUCUGUCUUUUCAUUUCGAGAUGGUUGUACGAAUGUUGAAAGGUUAUUUAACUAAUUUUUAGACAUUUUUACUUUUUUUAAAUCAUUUUAUCUUGAGAAAUUGUCCAAUUUUAUUGGUGGAAAAUGUUGCUUGUUUCAAGCAUCAUUACUUGAAACAAGAAAAAUGAUCUGCCAAUAGAGUAAGGCAGUUAAUCAAGAUAAAAUGACUUGUGGAAAACAGAUCUGUUCUCACAAUCUGAUUGGUUGAAAAGUGCUCUUUUAACAAGAGUUGCUUAGUAAAGACUCACUUCACUCUGAAGUGAACCAUGACUGAGUUUCUACACAGUAAAAACAGAAGAUGGACGGAUUAGAUACCUUCUUUAAGAUAAUUUUCGACCUGGUCAGAUUCUAAAGAAGAGACUAACCGCAGUUCCACAACUUUAGAACCUGUCGUUUGUCCUAAAUGAGCUUUUCAGAGCAACUAAACAACCUGGAAUCAGCCAGAAACCAACAGAAUACAGUUCAGCUAACAAGACUGGCGGAAACACUUUACAGACUGACUGGAACAAAAGCACAUUCAGCUUUAUCUGGAAAGCUGAACCUGAUAUUCACACAGUUUUAUCGAUCACAAAAACAUUUUUGGCGGAAGGAAUAUUAAAGCUCAUCUGAUAAUAUUUGGGCCUUGACUUUGCUGAAUUGUUUUAUAAAGGCAAGUUUAUUUAUACAGCACUUUUCAUACACUGCUGUCAUUUAAAGUGCUUUACAAAUGAGAAAAACAUGAUUAAAACAACAGAUUUAAAAGAGAAAUCAUUAAAUGAAAAAUAAAAUUAGAGAUUAAAUUAGAAUAGUUUAAAAAAUCAAAUUAAAAAUAAAAGCAGUAGAACAGUGGAGGUCGUGUGUUACGGUGAAUAAGAUCACGGCUGUAAUGAUUUACUGCGACCGAAUCACAGCCGGGAUGUUAUUUGCGAUGAUACACUCUUGUGUUCUGUACAACCAUCUCGGGAUGACUGUUAAAUAUGGCGAGAUUUAAGAUGCUUUGAUUUGCCAGAAUUUAAUGUUUUUGCAGUGUGAAAUCUCAAGCUUCACCCCAAUAUGAUUCUUUCUGUACAAUUCAGAUUUGCUCAUUAAAAUGCACUGAACACUGGG